ACUCGCAUCGAAGCAACACUACAGCUGAGUCGCCCACCUGAAAAGUCGCCAAAUAUACAUAUAUGUAUGGUAUAGUGUUCCUAAGAGACUUCAAAAUAAAUAACAUUUAAAUAAAUACUGAAGUAAAUGAUUGAGAUAAAAGCAAAGUUAGUACGCGCUGAUUCGGCAAUAUAUGCCACAGGGGAACGAGUAGAAUGUCUCAUUGAAUUUACACACAGUAGCAUGAUUGGUGACGAUAACAGGUAUAUUUGCUCUGACGAUUUCGUCCAAUUUACUAUAUAUUUUAAAAAUAUAUGUCUUUCGUUUAUACAAAACAGUCGGGUGGAGAAUUUAGCUUGGGCUUCUGCACAGUUGCACUGUUAUCGCAAAACUCACUACAAUGUUACCACUGGCGACAAAGUAAAUGAAUUGGCGGAACUAGUAGGAAAAACGGCAUUGGAUGCUGUAACACAAGCGAGUGGGGACAUUAUAAUCGCUACAAAGCCUAAGAUUUUAUUCUGUGAUUUAAAAUUGUUGCCCGGGGAAACAAAAAUAUAUUUCUUUAAUGAAAUUUUACCUCGUAACGGGCCACCAACAUAUCGAGGGCAUGAUAUUAAGUAUUUCUACAAGAUUACAAUAGCCACGCAACGAGUGAAAUCCAAGGUGCAAAUGCUUACAGUGCCUAUACGUGUUUUACCUAUUCCAAUUUUUGCGGGCCCAGAUGAGAUGCAUUGUACAGAAGAAACAAAUGAUGAACUAGCGCCCACAAACCCUUUUUUAGAAAAACGGGAAAUUUCAGAAUUGGAGAUAUCAUGGCAUCACCUUAAGAACGUAACCGCCCGUCGUGCACCUAAAUAUUACCGUAUUUCUAACAAGCGUGGAUUUGUGGGCCGCUUUUGCUUGUUUAAGUCCUCUUACAAAAUUGGCGAAGACAUUGUUGGCAGUCUGGAUUUUAGUGACUGUAAAGUACGUUGUGUACAAUUUUCAGUGAAGCUCCAAUCACAAGAAAUAAAUCUAAAAAGCAUCGCCAAUCAGGUAGGCGGGGACUUUAACGAUGCUUCGUCAAUAAAUUCACUCGACUUGGCAAGUAUUGCAAGCGGUACAGCAGUCGAUAAUCUACAUAAAUCGAAAACAUCCGGUAGUACACGCAAUGCAGAAGUAGAUGAGCCUAUAGGAAAAGUGAGCACAUUUGCCACGAUACACCAGGUCUGCUAUGCCAUGACGAAGACCUCUGUGAUCAUACCCAUUCCAUUACAUGUGACACCGUCAUUUCACACCGAUUUAGUUGAAUUACGCUGGCGACUACACUUUGAAUUCGUCACAAGCAUAAUGAUGAACUUUGGCACGCCUAAUCCAACAGAAGGAGAACUUAAAGCUCCCGCAGAAAUACCUGUCGAAACGAUGGUGUGGAAUCUGCCAAUUACGGCAAUAUACGCUGCUAAUCCUCUUCAAAUAUAUUCCCCAAGUCAAACUCAUAAUAUAUUUAUUAAGUAAAGGACUGUGUUCCCUCUGUAUUUUUAAUAAUCAAAUCAUAAUAAAUAAACAUACAUAACUUGUAUGCAAAGUUACA